AUGGCAACUGAUGGUCAGAUAUCAGCAGGGCCAGGAAGUAACCUGGAUAUUUUGCGCCAACGAGCACAGAAAGCUGCAGAAUUUUACCAGCAUCAGAAUCAUAUGGAAGAAGGGAAAGCACUUUCCACUCACUCAUGUGACCAAGAUUAUCAAUCUGCGCAGCAUUUCAUGAACAAUUACAAUAGCAAUCACAGCUUAGGAGCACAGUUUAAUUCAGAGAGUGGGCGUAAUAUUUCAGGAGGAAGUGCCUUUGGCACUAACAUCAACAGAGUUCAUUCUGAUGAUUCUUUCGAAACUUCACUAACGUCAGCUUCCAGCAGUAGUUUUUAUCAUCCGAAAACUAGGGCUGGAAUUAUGGAUAUGAGAAGUUCGUACAAUGAGCGUAUCAGUGGUAACGGUACAGGGUUUCGGUCUCGGACAUUCCGAGGCUCUCAGAUAGAUUCCAGGACUAGAACACAGACUUAUGCUGCAGAGAACAACCAGCCUUCAGCAGGUCAGCAAAAUAAAACCACAGCACAUCUGUACAGUCACCAGCAUCCAGCACCACAAAAGCCAGCCAGAUCUUACACGACAAACAGAAUCAUGUUAUACAGGAGUAGCAGCGAUUUGGAAGUUGACUCUGCCGAGCUGGAAACACCACCUCCAGCACCUGCUAUUCUUCACAGGGAAUAUGGCAGUACAUCCUCCCUGGAUAUGCUUGGUACAAGUUCGGAUAACUUCUUUUCAAUGCUUAGUGAAUUUAGGCAGCAUCAUGCUUUAGACCAGCGCAGUCCAGCACCACCGCGACUUAAAGAGCUGUUGCAGGGGCGGUUAGAAUCCUUGUCAGAACCUCAAAUACAGACAGCUACAGAGUCUUCCAGAGGAGGUGUGCGGUUCUUAAAUGGGCUAGCUUCUAAUGAGAAAGAUCUAUCUGGUGAUGAUGUUGACUCAAAGUCCAGCAAAAGCAAGCUCAAACAUAAAGAGAGAAAACAGAGAGCAAAAUCCAUCACAGGCGAGGGAAGUGCUAGUAUAUUAAAAAAACUCAGAGGGAAGAUUGAAAGUGACCUGGCCAGUGCCAAGUCGGAAGAGAAAGGAGUGGUCACAGAGGAUUUACCUGUCAGAAACGACGAACAUUACAGACGACGUGCAUUUGUUCACUUUGACUGCCAGUCAGUUGGAGUAGACCUCAGUAAGGUCAUUUACCAACGGACUCAUGGGGCAUCACAUAAGACUAAUACUACCACAGGUGCUUCUGCGGCCUCAGGUCAGCGGACUAGCCUGGCUCCAGACAAGGAUGACCAGGAUUUAUUAACAGACACAGACGAGGGUGAUGGGAAGAGCAAUGACCUAGUUUUGUCUUGUAUAUUUUUUCGGAAUGAGCUAGGAGGAGAGGAUGAAAGAACUGUAAGCUUAACAAAAGUAACAGCCCAGAAACGUAUUGCCGGUUCUCACUCUUCCCCUGUUACACCAACUGCUGGCUACAGAACUCAGGUACGCCAUCCUGCCUGUUGUGGGGUGGCCAUUUUAGACUCCUCUCCAUCCCCGUCAGGCCAGAUACUUCCACCGCUGGUAUCCCACCGUGGCCACGUCAUUGAGUAUGUGGACCACGGGGCCUACUAUUACAGGCAUUUUUUUUACACUCAUGACCACCAGAAUGUGUUUGGCACUAUGUCAAGACUGACAACACUACGAGGGUGUAUACUUGAAGAUGCAAUACCAUCACGCUUCAGUAGUUCUCGGGGAAUUCCAAUCAAGGAUGUCCUCGAAAUUGCUGUGCCGGAGGUUCAGUUGUCGUGUCUACGACAAGCUGUUGCUGGGCAGAAGACAUGCGAGCAGCUGCUUAAGCUUGAUGAGCAAGGGAUUAGCAAUACAUACAAAGUUGGCAUCAUGUACUGUAGGUCUGCACAAGCCUCAGAAGAGGAGAUGUAUAAUAAUGAAAAUGGGGGUCCUGCAUUUGAUGAGUUUCUCAGUCUGCUUAGCCAGAAGGUCCGGUUAAAAGGGUUUGAGAAAUACAGGGCAGGAUUGGACUGCAAGACCGAUACCACGGGUACUCAUUCCUACUACACCACGUUCAACAACAAUGAAGUUAUGUUCCAUGUGUCCACAAUGCUACCGUACACAGCCAACAACAAGCAGCAGUUGUUACGGAAACGCCACAUUGGAAAUGAUAUUGUCACUAUUGUAUUUCAAGAGCCUGGUGCUCUCCCUUUCACACCACAAACCGUCAGGUCACAGUUUCAGCAUGUCUUCAUUAUUGUCCGAGUCAGCAACCCCAACACAGACAGCACAAGAUACAGCAUUGCUAUAGCCAGAUCAAAAGAUGUGCCUCCCUUUGGACCGCCCAUCCCAGAGAACUGUAGCUUUAAGAAGUCACAAGAAUUUGUGGACUUUUUAUUAGCCAAAAUAAUAAAUGCAGAGAAUGCUGCACACAAAUCAGACAAAUUUCUGACGAUGGCUACAAGAACAAGACAAGAGUACUUAAAGGAUCUAGCGACAAAUUAUGUCACGAAUACACCAAUUGAUACUGGAUCUAAACUCAGCAAGUUUGGACUGGGCAGUGGCCGAAAGAAAGAGAAGCCAAAACAGAAAGUGGUGCCAGAUAUGUAUGCCAAGGGAGCUUUGGUUUGGGAGGUGCAAGUUGAGUGUCUUUUAGCAAUAGCUGCAGAUACAAUUGUACUCGUGGAAAAAACAAACAAGGAUGUGAUCUUUACUAUACCCUGCAGCACGGUUAUAGGAUGGACACCUCAACCAAGCAGUCUGCGUCUUUACUUUGGGGCUGGUGAAUGUCUGCUGCUUCGACCACUGUCCGCAGAAGUUGAGGAAAUGCAUGAAAUCUUCACCAGAUUGCUAGCAGUUACAAACGGGACUGAGACAUCAAAAAUGGCACUCAAGCGUAAUGGAAUGGGUCAGCUGGGCUUCCAUAUCCAGUCAGAAGGCAUUGUCACAGACGUAGAACCUUAUGGGUUCGCCUGGGAGGCGGGGCUGAGAAAAGGCAGCCGGCUCGUAGAAAUCUGCAAAGUUGCUACCACUACUUUGUCACAUGAUCAAAUUGUGGAUCUGCUGAGAACGUCUGCCAUUGUGAAAGUUGUCGUCGUCCCUCCGAUGGAAGAUGGAUCACCAAGGGGUUUUAUCACACUGAACACUCACCUUCCUCUAACGUCCAUGAUGUCUCUUAACACCAUUAUGAUCUCUGAGCAAUUCCACACAGCUCAUCCGCCAGGAUCUGCGGAGUCUCUCCACAGCUAUAG